AUGGCCCUUGUUGUCUUCAUUUACCCUGUUAUAAGCAGAAAAGUAAGAGGUAAAUUGAUACCGUUUCUAGAGAAUAGUGUUGGUCAUGCCUCUGCCUUAACUAUAUUAGCAAUCAGCAUUGAAAGAUAUCGUGUUGCCUUUGGUGUGAAUCCACAACGAAGAAAAUCUAGGUUAAUUGCGAAAACGUUUGUUGGUAUAUGGAUUUGCUCAAUUUUAUCUGCCUUACCGUCUAUAUUAAUUACCAAGUAUAAUACAUAUAAACUACUGGAUGGUACACCAGUUCCAUUUUGCUCAACUCCCAUUAAUUUAUUAUGGCAUAAAAUUUAUAUCGUCGUUAUGACCAGCUUAUUUUUCCUGUUUCCUUUAAUAAUCAUAAUAUUUUUAUACGCCAAACUGUGCCGACGAUUAGUGUAUUUAUACAGAAAAGAAAGGACUAAAUUUGAAACAUCGCCUAUUGAAAUAAUUAAAUUAAAAAGACAAAUGAUACAGAUUAUUAUAACAGUUGUAAUGGUGUUUUUUAUUUGCCAUACUCCAUAUAGAGCAGUGGUCAUCUGGACUUUCUUUGAAAAAACUGAAACUGUGAGGAAUUUUGGAUUCGAAGCAUACCUAACUAUAUUAUAUUUUACUAGGAUUUUACUAUAUGCAAAUCAUGCAAUUAAUCCAUUUGUGUAUAAUUUUGUAUCAAGAAAGUUCAGGAGAGCUUUAAUAUGGAUUUGUUGUCAUAAAAGACAUAAGUUGACCAAAUUUGAUUAUAUUGACAAUCCUUUACAUUCGUUGCCUUUAAGAAGACUUUCUGAACGUCACAUCGAUGUACGAUCGGAUGAUUUUUUAUUCAACGAUUACAGGGGCAGAUCGAGAGAAGGAUUCCAAAAAGACAAUCGAAAUCAUAUUAAUGAUUUUCUGGCACUGUAUGAACAUUUAGUAUUAUUAGAGUAA